AUUUGACAACUGAACGACCUGGAACCUAGUCACUAAUUCAGAAUGAAGGCAUUCAUCAUUUUUGCCGUGUAUGCAGUCAUAUCCGUUAAUGGAGGUGUUGUUGAUCACCAAGUUUGUGGUGGGCGUGGUGUUUUUAUCCAAAUGCGAAUCAGCGACUGUGAGGGGGCCAUUGCCCGAAUGACUCCAGGAGUUUCAUACAGUUGCCAGGGUGAUAUAAUCCCCUCUGCUGCCGCAGACGCGCUUCGUCUCAAAAUUAGCGCCUUCUUCAACGGGGCGAUCAUACCCAUAAUUGAUGCUGUCGUGCCGAACUCAUCAGUUGAGGCAGGAUUGCAGUACACUCUUGCUUGGACCAUUGUGCCGAGCACGUUCCUGUCUGGAAGUACGGUACCCGUCACGGCCGAGGUUGUGAACGAGGAGAGUCAAGAACUUGAGGUCUGUACCGGUAUUAUGACGGAAAUCGCAGGUGUUUGAGUUGUUAAUAUAUAUAUUUUAAAAUACAUAAUUCGAGAAGAGAUAUAUUCCCGUGUAAUAAAUAAAUCUACACAGUAAUCUGCA